UUUUCUCAUUUCCGUUUUGUCUUUUUCCUCAUCCGAAAAUCACAAAAAGCUUUGCAAAGUUUUCGUGUCGAAUUAGCACUCCCUUCCCUCGUUUCACCCAUCCCCUGUAUCGCAAAGCAAAGCGUUUUCCUCUCGUUUUCUCGCCUUCAAUUUGAGUAUGGAUGAUGAGAAGAAGAAGAAGAGAAACAAGAAGAAGAAGAACAAGCAGAACAAUAGCAAACGUGCAGACGGUGACGCUAUACCUACCGAGGAUGGGAAUCAUACCGGAGACGCUGACAUUGCUCAAAUCAACCAAGUCCCUGAUUCCAUUCAGUUGGAACCAUCAUCUCAACAGAUGAUCAUCAAUCAGGCAGAUGAACCUGGUGUUGUUGACUACACGUCUCCAAAUAGCGAGGCGGUUCUGGAAGAAACAAUCAAACAGUUACGUGAUGAGAUUGGGUCCCACCUUCAGAAAGUGGCUGUUUUUGAAGAAACUGUUAGACGCUUGGAAACUGAGAAUGAAGCUCACAUUCAGAAAGAGGCUUUCCUAGAAGAAAGGCUUGAGCAUUUGAGAACACAAGAUGAAGCUCACAUACAGAAACAGGCACUGUUAGAAGAAAGGCUUGAGCAUCUGAGAACAGAAAAUGAAGCUCACAUAGAGAAAGAGGCACAGUUAGAAAAAACGGUUGCGCAUUUGAGAACACAAAAUGAAGCUCACAUAGAGAAAGAGGGACUGUUAGAAGAGAGGCUUGAGCAUUUGAAAACAGAAAAUGAAGCUCGCAUUCAAAGUGAGGCACUGUUAGAAGAAAGGCUCUUGCAUUUGAGAACAGAGAAUGAAGCUUACAUACAAAAAGAGGCACAGCUAGAAGAAAGACUCUUGCAUUUGAGAACUGAGAAUGAAACUCUCAAACAGAACGAGGAAAAGUUGGAGGAAAGACUUGUUCAGUAUAAAACAAAGAACGACGUGCUUGUUCAUGAAAUGUCUAGUACAGAAGUCAAAAUGAGACAAUUGCUUGACGAAAAAUCUACCUUCUCUCAGAAAGAGGCAAGUCUAGAGAAAAAAAUUCAACAACUUCAACAUGAUGAAGAAUCUUCAGUUGCAGCUGCGGAGAAAUCAUCCAUAGAAAUGAUUUCGAGCCUGAACAAUGAAAUUGGAACACUUCGAGCACAGGUAAUGAAGUUGGAAGAAUCUAGGAGUAAUCUUCAGGAGCAGAACAAUAGUCUUGUGGAAACUGUGUCCAGUCUUCAAGUCCAGCGUGAAAACCAUGACAAUAACGUGAAGGGUGCUUCUGAGGAAGAACUAAACUCACAGAUUGAAGCAGCUUGUACUCUAGUUGAAAAGCUUAUCACUGAAAAUGCUGAACUUGUUGAGAAGGUGAACGAGUUGUGCAUUCAGCUAAACCAAUCGCAGCGUGCUUUUGCUUCACCCCCUGAGAGCCUAUCAAUUGAAGUACAGAAGUCUGAUGCCUUAGAGGAAAUACCCAUUCACGACGAGAUGAUUAGAAUUGAUGACUCUGGAGACAUGGAAACUGCACUGGUAGAGAGAAACUUGACAGAAGAAACAGUGCCGGUUUCUGUGAACCCGAAUGGGGAAAUAGAUGUGGAAUCACAGGUUGCAGUAGCUGGAGAAGCAGAAGAAGUAAGUGGUGGUGUGCCUCUGGUGGACGCUCCACUGAUCGGUGCGCCGUUCAGGCUCGUCUCGUUUGUAGCAAGAUACGUGAGUGGUGCAGAUUUGGCGGAAAAGAAACAGUUUUUGUAAAACACAAAACAACACAUUUUGGAGGCAGAAAAGAUGCAUCAAGUUCUGUAUCUCUCCUCUCUUUCUCUUUUACUUCACACAUACACUCAGUGAGGAUCGUUGAUUAGCUUAUUGCACAACACUUAACAGGACACAAAGGUUUAUUAUAUUUUUUUUUGGUAGGAUAAUGAUGGUGAUGAUGAACUGAAUACAUCAAGUUGCUGGAUGUCGUUUUGUUU